AAUAAAAGCAGGCUGCCCCAGCCAGCAGGGGCAACUUGCUCGGGUCACCUUCCACACUGUGGGAGCUUUGUUCUUUCGUUAUUUGCAAUAGCUCUUGCUACUGCUCACUCUUUGGGUCCACACUGCUUUUAUGAGCUGUAACGCUCACCGUGAAGGUCUGCAGCUUCACUCCUGAAGCCAGCAAGACCACGAGCCCACCAGGAGGAAGGAACGACUCCAGACGCGCUGCCUUAGGAGCUCUAACACUCACCGCGAAGGUCUGCAGCUUCACUCCUGAGCUAGCAAGACCACGAACACAUCCGAACAUCAGAAGGAACAAACUCCAGACGCGCCACCUUAAGAGCUGUAACACUCACCGCCAGGGUCCGCGGCUUCAUUCUUGAAGUCAGUGAGACCAAGAACCCACCGAUUCCGGAUACACUUUGACUCUUUCAGCCAUCUGUGUGGUAGCAUUUGCAGAAACAUGGCCGCCAGGCUUGAGAGGAACUGCCAGAUAACCAGAGGAGUUUGGCUUAUAGUGGUGAAGUGGUCAGGCCAGACCUAGUUCAAGAAGAAGAAAAACGGACUUUACCUCUUGAUGAGAGGAGCCUCAAAGUCACAUUGCAAAGGAGCAUCCAUACAGAGAUACGAAGAUUGUUUGGUCAUCUUUGCAAACCAUCUACCAUAGCUCUUCCUCACAGGGAGGUAGAAGACAUCGUAGAAGGAGUGAAAGAAGAAAAGAAGACUUAGAAACAUAGCUCAAAGUGAACACUGCUUCUCUUAGGUUCCUGGAUUUCUUCUGGACAUUUCCUCAAGAUGAAACUUCAGACACUUCGGAGUUUUUUUUGAAGACCACCAUAAAGAAAGUGCAUUUCAAUUGAAAAAUUUGGAUGGGAUCAAAAAUGAAUCUCAUUGAACAUUCCCAUUUACCUACCACAGAUGAAUUUUCUUUUUCUGAAAAUUUAUUUGGUGUUUUAACAGAACAAGUGGCAGGUCCUCUGGGACAGAACCUGGAAGUGGAACCAUACUCGCAAUACAGCAAUGUUCAGUUUCCCCAAGUUCAAUCACAGAUUUCCUCGUCAUCCUAUUAUUCCAACCUGGGUUUCUACCCCCAGCAGCCUGAAGAGUGGUACUCUCCUGGAAUAUAUGAACUCAGGCGAAUGCCAGCUGAGACUCUCUACCAGGGAGAAACUGAGGUAGCAGAGAUGCCUGUAACAAAGAAGCCCCGCAUGGGCGCGUCAGCAGGGAGGAUCAAAGGGGAUGAGCUGUGUGUUGUUUGUGGAGACAGAGCCUCUGGAUACCACUAUAAUGCACUGACCUGUGAGGGGUGCAAAGGUUUCUUCAGGAGAAGCAUUACCAAAAACGCUGUGUACAAGUGUAAAAACGGGGGCAACUGUGUGAUGGAUAUGUACAUGCGAAGAAAGUGUCAAGAGUGUCGACUAAGGAAAUGCAAAGAGAUGGGAAUGUUGGCUGAAUGUAUGUAUACAGGCUUGUUAACUGAAAUUCAGUGUAAAUCUAAGCGACUGAGAAAAAAUGUGAAGCAGCAUGCAGAUCAGACCAUGAAUGAAGACAGUGAAGGUCGUGACUUGCGACAAGUGACCUCGACAACAAAGUCAUGCAGGGAGAAAACUGAACUCACCCCAGAUCAACAGACUCUUCUACAUUUUAUUAUGGAUUCAUAUAACAAACAGAGGAUGCCUCAGGAAAUAACAAAUAAAAUUUUAAAAGAAGAAUUCAGUGCGGAAGAAAAUUUUCUCAUUUUGACGGAAAUGGCAACCAAUCAUGUACAGGUUCUUGUAGAAUUCACAAAAAAGCUACCAGGAUUUCAAACUUUGGACCAUGAAGACCAGAUUGCUUUGCUGAAAGGGUCUGCGGUUGAAGCUAUGUUCCUUCGUUCAGCUGAGAUUUUCAAUAAGAAACUUCCGUCUGGGCAUUCUGACCUAUUGGAAGAAAGAAUUCGAAAUAGUGGUAUCUCUGAUGAAUAUAUAACACCUAUGUUUAGUUUUUAUAAAAGUAUUGGGGAACUGAAAAUGACUCAAGAGGAGUAUGCUCUGCUUACAGCAAUUGUUAUCCUCUCUCCAGAUAGACAAUACAUAAAGGAUAGAGAGGCAGUAGAGAAGCUUCAGGAGCCACUUCUUGAUGUGCUACAAAAGUUGUGUAAGAUUCACCAGCCUGAAAAUCCUCAACACUUUGCCUGUCUCCUGGGUCGCCUGACUGAAUUACGGACAUUCAAUCAUCACCACGCUGAGAUGCUGAUGUCAUGGAGAGUAAACGACCACAAGUUUACCCCGCUUCUCUGUGAAAUCUGGGACGUGCAGUGAGGGGGAUUACAGGGGAGGGGUCUAGCUCCUUUUUCUCUCUCAUAUUAAUCUGAUAUAUAACUUUCCUUUAUUUCACUUGUACCCAGUUUCACUCAAGAAAUUUUGAUGAAUAUUUAUGUUGUAAUUACAUGUGUAACUUCCACAACUGUAAAUAUCGGGCUAGAUAGAACAACUUUCUCUCCAUUGUGUUUUAAAAGGCUCCAGGGAAUCCUGCAUUCUAAUUGGUAAGCCCUGUUUGCCUAAUUAAAUUGUUACUUCAAUUCUAUCUGUUGAACUAGGGAAAAUCUCAUUUUGCUCCUCAUCUUACCAUAUUGCAUAUAUUUUAUUAAAGAGUUGUAUUCAAUCUUGGCAAUAAAGCAAACAUAAUGGCAACAGGAUUUUCUUUGGGAACAAAAUUUGAUAAAUAUACAAACUCAUUUCUUUAAAUGUUGAAAGACAUCCCAUUGAAUCUGAGGGGGUAAUUUACAGAAAGAUACUGUCUCUCACACUUUUGUCAUCUCUGGAAAAGUCCUGGUGAAUAGUCAUUUAUUUGUAAUAGCCCUCUGAUCAUUUCCUUUUCUUUGAAGUUCAAAGAGAAUAGCAAACAGAAAAGUUAACAAUUUUCACAUAAAAUAUUCCCUCAAGCAAUCCUUUCCCCCAUAGUUAGUCUUGAGGCAGGAUUCACAAAUUCAGAGUAUGCAGCUAACUGCAGUGAUGGGACCUUCCCUUUCCUCUCUUAAAAGUGAGGCAAUGAUUGGCUUCAUUGUAUCCCAUCAUCUUUCUGUUUUGUUUUGCUUUUGAAAACAUUCCUACAGCUGGGAGCACAGCUGCUGUAUACUUCCCCCAAAGCAGGAAUUAGUUCAUUUCCUUCCUUCAUUGUUACACUGUUGCAUUCUUCUCCCUAUUAUCCUUUGGUGAAUACAAUAAAACACCUUCUAUAAGU